CUCUCUCAAAACGAACAUGGUAACUGAUGUUGUGAAUAUCUGUGAAUCGAUUUAGAAGCAUAGAGAAAAAAUACUGUUUGUAAUUUUAGCCACAAAAAUGGAGGCUGCCCCGAUAAAAGAAGAAAUUCUUCUCAAGAUGUCACAGCAGAAGAAAAAGAUGUCGCCCAGAAACUACAAAGAAAGGCUCUUUGAGUUAACAGAAACAACACUUUCCUAUUAUGAGCAUGAUAAAGGGAAAAAAGGAAACAAGAAAGGAACAGUUCUAGUUGAAAGAAUACGCUGUGUUAACACAGUCCUUCUAGAGGAACAGACUCCUGUCCAGAGACAGUAUCCAUUUCAGAUAGUGUAUGAUGAAGGAAUUCUGUAUAUAUUUGCAAAAGAUGAAAAUAAUCGAAGAAGCUGGUUGGGAGCAUUAAAUAAAGUAAUCAAGAGCAAUUCAAACCUUUUGAUGAAAUACCACAGUGGGUUCUGGGCAGAUGGGAAAUUUCUUUGCUGUAAGCAGGCUUCGAAAAAUGCCCCUGGAUGCACUCUCUGGGACUCAUCAGGAAAAAGGGAGACAUGGGUACCUUCAUUAAACAAACACCUUCCCACCAUCCCUGCACAGUGCCGGGAAAGAACUACUUUGCCACCUAUUCCAGAGAGAAGGAAGGAGCCACAGAAAGUUGUGGUGGCCCUGCACCAUUACCAAGGCAUGAGGAGUUGUGAGCUCAGCCUCGUCAAAGGGGCGAAGUAUUACGUUUUAGAGGAAGAAAAUUCAGAGUGGUGGAAAGUUAAGGACAUGAAUGGGGACGAAGGGUAUGUUCCUGUUACUUACAUACAAGCGCAAAGUCAUAAACCAGCUGCCAACACAGAGCCUUUGAAAACCCUGAAAGAGCGAUCCUUCAGCACAGUUUUGGAGCAUAAAAAAUCUAAUCCCAAUCAUCACCUUCCACAGAGGUGUCUCAGCAUGGAUAAUGCACUCAGCAAUAAUAUUCCCAGCAAUUCCAUCCCUUUGCACUCUGUUAACAUUGAGGACUAUCAGUGGUACGCAGGAAAUAUGUCACGGGCAAAGGCAGAACAGCUCUUACGUGAAAAGGGAAAAGAAGAGGCCUUUGUUGUUAGAGAUUCAAGUCAGCAGGGGACAUACACAGUAUCUGUUUUUACCCUCGCUUUUGAUGAUAAAAAUGGGUCAAUUCGUCAUUACCUUGUAAAUGUUACCCCUGACAGCAAGUAUUAUAUUGCAGAAAAUCAUCUAUUUGACUCUGUUCCAAAAAUGGUGCAAUAUCACCAACACAAUGCAGCAGGAAUGGUGACAAGACUUCGUCAUCCAGCUUUAAUUAAAGACACCAAGGUGCCAUCCUCUGCUAAUGGGAAAUGGGAGCUGAAACGUGAGGAGAUCACCCUGCUGAAAGAGCUGGGAAGAGGGCAGUUUGGCGUGGUGCAGUUAGGCCUUUGGAAAAGCAAAUAUGAAGUUGCUAUCAAAAUGAUCAAGGAAGGUUCCAUGUCAGAGGAAGAGUUUAUAGAAGAAGCACAGAUCAUGAUGAAACUGAGGCACCCAAAGCUGGUGGCUCUGCAUGGGGUCUGCACAGACACUUACCCCAUUUACAUUGUGACUGAGUACAUGUGCAAUGGCUGCCUACUGAGCUACCUCCAGGCUCAUGGCAGCCCACUGCAGACGAUCCAGCUGGUGGAGAUGUGCUUCGACGUCUGUGAUGCCAUGAUGUACCUGGAGAGCCAGCAGUUCAUUCACCGAGACUUGGCUGCUAGAAACUGCUUGGUUGAAAAGGAUCUGACAGUGAAAGUAUCUGAUUUUGGAAUGGCCAGGUAUGUUUUGGAUGACCAGUACACAAGUUCUGCAGGUACUAAGUUUCCAGUGAAGUGGUCUGCCCCAGAAGUUUUGAACUACACCAGAUUCAGUAGCAAAUCUGAUGUGUGGGCUUUUGGAAUCUUCAUGUGGGAAGUUUUCACUCUGGGAAAGCAGCCUUACGAACUCUACAACAACACUCAAGUGGCUGAGAAGAUAAUGCAGGGAUACCGAUUGUACAGGCCGCAAGUGAUGUGUGAGGAUUUCUACCUAAUACUGAAAAGCUGUUGGCAUGAGAAACCUGAAGACCGACCUUCUUUUCACCAGCUGUAUGAAAAUAUCCAAAGGUUUCGAGAGGAGUGAUACUGUAAUGCACAUUUGUCAAAGGCAACCAACUGUGUUUUAAAGAAUAAGGAAAUACUAUUAAUUUUAUUUCGGAGAAAUCUGGAACAAGGAGAAAUUGAUAUGCAGCAUCUACAUUUAAACCACCUGGUUUCAUUUUCACUGAUCACUAACCUGUGUGAUUUAACAAUCUUUUUUUUAAUUUAAAUUACUUUUUAAAUGAGGCUCACUUUAUUAUCACUGAAAACAAUGUUUUCAUCUUUUAGAAAUACUGUAGUGUUUUAUUCUGAAGGGUGUAAAUAAUGCUUUUCAUAUGGCUAAAAUGAACUUGUGGUCAUGUGUGAAGUGAAAUGUGAUGAUUGUAUUACUUUAUACAGUAUCUGUGAUAUAAUACAUAUGUAUACAGUAAUUUCUGAGACAUUAAAAUGCAGAAAGCUACAGUAAGUGUACAGUUAUUAUAUCCUUGGAACUAUACAACUUAAGGUUCACUCCCUAUACAUUUUUCAUUCCAAGUAUCCCUUUGUUUACAUUCCAAAGCUUAUAGGUGAGUUAAAAGAAUAUUUCAUGCAACAAAGAUCUGACAUUUAUUAUGUAAAUAUAUGUUUAUUAUAAAAUAGCUUUACAUUUAUUUAGAAUUAUUAUCAUGACUUCCAUUACUUAAUAUGUGAUAUCCUUUUCAUAAUUAACCUAAUAUGGUACUGUAUUCUCAUGGACUUGUGUAUUUGUUACCACUUUUUGCUGCAUAAUUUGACAUUCAUGAAAUGCUGGGAAACAUUUUCCAUGUAAAAACAGCAGGAAGAUGAAAGAAGAAUUUUCAAAGGACAAUCGGAAUAAUUGUAAUAUUCAUCACUGUUUGUAAAAUAGGAAAAAAAACUAACUCCGAGAAUUGUCAAAGUGCUUCCUAAUACAACUUUCUGAGUUCAUCAACACAAGCUUGUUUUGCUGUCUGAUUCCAGCCUAUUCAACAUUAUUAACAUUAUAAUUACAACAACAAAAAAUCUCAAAGCAAUAUAACAGGAUAACUUUGCUUGUUACCUGUUAAAUGGUAAAAAUUGUAAGGUACCAUAAUAUUACACUGAAUACUAAGCAAGCAAACACCAUUUUAAAUAAAU